AUGGUCCAUGGUCCUUUGGGGCCUUCCGAAGUCACAGAGCCGACAGUCUCAGAGUCUUUCCCAAGAGACUCUCCUUUUAGUUCUUGGCUUUGGAGAACACGAGGGAGAGAGACAGAUAUCAGUAACGCGAGAGAUUUGGCUUUGGGCAUCACUUCAAAGUGUCUGCUUCGUGAGGUCCUCUCGCAGUCCUGGCAAAUCGUUGGCCAGCCGCCGCUCUCGCAGCCGCCUGGCAGCGCUGGCCCGGCCAGCUUCGUCACAGCGCAGGCCUCACCCCAGAAGCAGCAGCAGCAGCAGCAGCAGCAGCUGGGGUCCUGGCAAGUUGUCGGCCAGGCUUCCCCGCAGCUUGCACCGGGCGGCUAUGGCUAUCAGCCAUCUCCUGGCUUUGUCACCGCUCAAGCGUCUUUCCAGGUGCCUUCAAAGCCUAUGCCAGGCCCCUACUAUCAGGUCCCACCUGGGGUUGCACUGCCCGGCGGGUUCCCGCAACAGCAGUCACCCAUGGGGUUUCAGCAGUUUCAACAGGUGCAGAAGCUAAGUCCACCAUCUGCUGGCAAGAAGCUGUUCGGGCAGGACACGGAAGACAAGACCCUGGGCGGCAUCAUCCUGACCCUGUGUGACGGAUCCUCCUACGAUCCCAUCUUCAAGGAGAUGUCGCAGUCCGACGACGACGGCACUGUGCCGCCAUCGCAUGCAGUAGCGAUGAGGAGCGCCGAGGAACUCGGGAAAGCCAUCGAGGAAGGCCAGACGCAGAAGCCGGAGCUGGCGGAGCUUCUGAAGGAUCUUCAGGCCGUCCCAAAGGAGAAGGUUGUGUUCAACUGGGAAUGCUGCAGCGGCUGCAGCGAGGCGGGCUUUCCACACGGCCCAGGAUUCGCCAUGCAGUAUCCGCAGCGCGCACCAAGCUUUGUGAAGCUCCACCAGGCGCCGAUGAACGUGAAGCUGGCGAAGCUUGCUCUCGAUCGCGGAUACAUGGUGAUGUUUGCGGACUUCAGCCUUAAGGCGCUUAUCGCCAGCUGGAGCGAGGAAUUGCUCGGCCCGAAUCCUUUCCGACAGCUGGGCGUCACGCAAGGCAAACUUCGCCUGACGUUCUCGCCAGAGACCUUGAAGCAGAGCUCAUCAAAGCAGCUCGUAAAGGUCGGGGAGCUUUGCACCAGCGGCACCGCCGAUAUCCAUGCGAUGGGCUCAACCAUCGUCUAUGGAGUGGUUGACGAGGCGGAGAAGCGCGCAAACACCAGCGGCGCCUACAGGCUGCAGAGGCUCACGGAGGCCGCCGCGCUCGGAGACCAAGGACCCUCCUCGGCUGGGCACGUGAUGCUGACCUACCCCAGCGGCGGAAGACUUCUGACCAGCGCGGGCCACUGGAAGGAGCUGACACACCUGGGCGGGGUCUCCGAAGAGGGCCUGCUGCGGGUGGCAGAGCAGCGAUUCGGCCAGGCAUAUUCGGCACAGAUUCAGACCAGCCUGCAGCAGUGCAAGACCGAGUUCGGCCGGCAACAGAUGCAGCAGAGCUAUGCCUCUGCUUGCCGAUUGUACAGUCUCGGCAAAGCUCCCUUGCAGUUCUUGGCGCAGUUAGGAGACUUGAAUGGGUGGGAAGCAGUGCACCCCUAUGGGGGCUUAUGCGCUGCGAUCCUCCUACCAUGUGCAGAUGGGAGGACGAAGACGAAGAUCCACAAAAUGGAGCCACUGCUACUGUUCUCGAUGUGGUGCAGAGUCAGCAGAGCCGCACAGUCGGGACGAGUCGGCUGGAACAUUGUCCAUUGCAACGUCGCGCUUUCGGCGCUUGCGGAUGCGAGCCAGUGGUCACGCCAGCUUCGCAUCUUCGCCACCCUGCAGGAGCACCAGGUCCGGCCCACGGCCUCCACGUUUGGUGCGCUUUUGGCCGCCGGCGCGGUGGUCGCCUCCUGGCAAGGGGCUCUUGCGCUUCUGGAGGAGAUGCCGCAGUGGCAAGUACAACGAGACACUGUUGCAUGCAAUACAGCGAUAACUGCCUGCGCCAAAGCUGCGCAGUGGGAGGCCGCUUGCGAGCUCGUAAGGUCGAUGCGAAUGGCGAUGCACAGGGUGGACACGAUCACGCAAAAUGCCCUGAUGAGCGCCUUUCACCAAGGCUCUCAGUGGGAGCAGGCGCUGGCACUGUUGGCUUCUUUGCACCAUGGCUGCCGCACCGUGGUGACCUGGAGCACCUGCAUCAGCGCUCAGGAGGCCUCCGGACGCUGGCAGGUGGCCCUGGAGCUCCUUGCAGGCAUGUGCCGAGAGGUAGGCGGAAGUACCAUCGGCUACAACGCCUGCAUCAGCGUUUGUGCACGCGGCCAAGCGUGGCCCAUGGCCUUUCGGCUUUUGGAGGACAUGCAAGAAAAGCGCGUACGGCCUGACACCGUCAGCUUCAACGCCACCAUCAGCGCUUCCAGCGAGGGAGUGCAGUGGCAGCCGGCUCUGGGCCUCUUCGACCGGAUGAUGAAGGAGCGAGUUCCACACGACCUUGUGAGCUUCAAUGCGACCAUGGAUGCCUGCGCAAUGUCUGGCGAGUGGAGGCCGGCAUUGUCACUGCUCUGCGCGGCAGGCGCCCAGGCAAACCUGGUCUCUUUCAACACGGCUUUGACUGCUUGCCACCGCGGAUCUGCCUGGGCAGCGUCGCUGGCACUCUUCGCCCUGCUGCAGCGUCGGAACUUGCAGCCAGACACGCUGACCUACAACGUGAUGAUGAGCGUCGGCCACAAAUCCGCGAGAUGGCCAUUGGCUUUGCAGAUGCUGCGCAGCCUCCACCUCUCUCGCCUGGCGCCCACCGACCGCAGCGCGGGCGCGGUGGUGAGCGCGUGCGAGAGGGCAGAGCAAUGGGAGUUGGCCUUGGAGCUCUUUCAGGACCUGGGUGGCGCUUCGGUGCAGAGGUCACGGGUGGUCUUCAACGCGGCCAUGAGUGCCUGUGCGAAGGGUGCGCAGUGGGAGAACGCCAUGCGCCUCUACCGCAGCUUGCAGCGCUCCCUAAAACCCGACGAGGUGUCACAGAACUCGCUCCUGUGUGCCCUGGCUGCCGCCGCACAGUGGGAGGACACCCUGGCGCUUCUUCAACUUCCUGGACUGCGGCACGAUGGCAUUGGUGCGCAAACGGCGCUCGACGCCUUUGCACGGAGCAGCCGCUGGCGCCAAGCUCUCCAGGUAGUAUGCCGCCACCGCCUCCACACAGACGUUGCGCGGCAGACCACCAUGGAAUCAUGCCAGCGUGCGGGCCACUGGUCGCCUCUCCGCCGUGCCUCUUCGGUCUCGGGCAGCCGAGCCAAGGAACAGGCCCUGCUUCAGCGAUUCGACGCCGUGGUCGCCGCCGGCCGCUCGGACACGCCUUUCCUGAUAGUUCCGCCGAACGACGAGCAGCAACUGAGCACCCUCACGCGUUCUGCUUUGCAAUCAGCACUGGCACUGGCAAAAAGACUUUUGAGUUUGGCCGAUGGUGGCUUGCUCGGCAAGGGCCCACAGCGAUCUGUGAGCCGUUCGGAAGCUCCCGUCGCCAGGAUUUCUGCAAAGCUGGUGGUCGCAGACAAGGACUACGAGAGCGCAGCAAGGCGCCAGAUAAAUGCCUUGGAGGCAGCAAAGGCCUCUGCGGCAGCAGCUAUUUCUCGAAAGGAAAAGGCAGCUGCAAAGCAGGCCGCAGCAGUCAAGGCAGCCGAAGCGAAGAGGAUUGCGGCACAGAAGGCAGCGGAAAAGGCAGCCGAAGCGAAGAGAAUUGCGGCACAGAAAGCACCGGAGAAGGUCAGCGCCCUCCCGAGCAAGACCGGCAAAACCCCAGAAAAGGUCAGAUACAUCGAUUCUGGGCCUGCUGCCGGCUGGCACGUGAAAGGCCGGGCCUACCCAACUGCUAUCACCAUGUGGGUGUUGCCUCCGAAUGGUUCAGUGUGGCUCUCGCGGGUCCAAGCCCUGAAGGAGCUGGAGGGGUCAGAUCCGACGGUCAUCGAAGCCAUCGACAGAGUCAGGUGGCAGGUGCAGCAGGAGCUCAAGGGCCGCGCGGGCCCAGUCGCUGAGCCAAGCGCCGCAGAGGGUGGCACCAGAAAGAAGCUCCGCCUGAGCUGGAGCGAGGAGAGCCACCACAGCUCCUCUUCCUCCAGUUCUUCGGUGCGAAUGCUGAGCUGA